AUGAAGGACCUGAUUCGGCUCCCCUGGUUCCCAGUUAGUGUACCCAAAUGGUGUUUGCGAGGUCACCCACGACCAAUUUCUUCUGCCCCCGGCAUCAGAUCCACCCAGCCAGAAACAAGAAGACGAAUGUCACCCCUUGCUGAGGCAGCCUAUUAUUGUCGGGCCGGCCUGGACAAGGAUGGAUUCCAGGUCAAAUACAUAUCUGAUUACAAGGGCUUUGGAGUGUUUAGCACAACCAGACACUGCAGAGGAGAUUUCCUCCUUCAAUAUGUUGGAGAAAGAAUGCUGCGUUCAGAUGCAUUGGAACGAAUAGACACAAGUUACGAGAACAAAAUGUUUUUUUACAAAUACGAUGGAAAAGAAUUCUGUAUUGAUGCUGAGGGUGUUGUCGAUCACAUCUGUGCACUUGUCAAUGAUGGUCACGGAGAUCAAGCCAACUCUGCAAUGAAGCUUCAAGUUUUUGACGGCAAAGAACAUCUGUGCCUUUUCGCUAAUAAAGAUAUACAUCCAGGGGAAGAAAUCCUUUAUGAUUACGGGGAGGAUGAAUCGAAGUUGUGGUGGAGAAGGAAGAAUAUCAAUAAUGCUGAUGAUCCAUACAGUUUUGUUGCUAGCUCAGAUGUGGAAUCGGACCCUUUUAGCCUGAGGGAUAUUUCAGAUUCUGAUUCAUUGACAAGUUCAUUUCUCAGUGAUGAUGAGAUAAAUUCAGAAGCCUCAAAUUUGAAUUCACAUGAAGAUGACAGUAUGGAAGACACCAGUAUUGCAGGAGUGGCUCAUCAGGAAGUUGACAGUAUGGAAGACACCAGUAUUAAAGGAGUGGCUCAUCAGGAAGUUGACAGUAUGGAAGACACCAGUAUUAAAGGAGUGGCUCAUCAGGAAGUUGACAGUAUGGAAGACACCAGUAUUAAAGGAGUGGCUCAUCAGGAAGUUGACAAUAUGGAAGACACCAGCAUUGAAGGAGUGGCUCAUCAGGAAGUUGACAAUAUGGACGACACCACUAUUGAAGGAGUAGCUCAUCAGGAAGUUGACAGUAUGGUGGACACUGGCGUUGCAGAGGUGGCUCAUCAGGAAGUUGACAGUAUGGAAGACACCAGCAUUGCAGGACUGGCUCAUCAGGAAGUUGACAGUAUGGAACACACUGGCAUUGCAGAGGUGGCUCAUCAGGAAGUUGACAGUAUGGAAGACACUGGCAUUGAAGGAGUGGCUCAUCAGGAAGUUGACAGUAUGGAAGACACUGGCAUUGAAGGAGUGGCUCAUCAGGAAGUUGACAGUAUGGAAGACACUAACAUUGCAGAAGUGGCUCAUCAGGAAGUUGACAGUAUAGAACACACUGGCAUGGAAGGAGUGGCUCAUCAGGAAGUUGACAGUAUGGAAGACACUGGCAUUGAAGGAGUGGCUCAUCAGGAAGUUGACAGUAUGGAAGACACUGGCAUUGCAGAAGUGGCUCAUCAGGAAGUUGACAGUAUGGAAGACACUGGCAUUGCAGGACUGGCUCAUCAGGAAGUUGACAGUAUGGAAGACACCAGCAUUGCAGGAAUGGCUCAUCAGGAAGUUGACAGUAUCGAAGAUACCAAUAUUGCAGCUGAACAAUUUUAUUUUGUUGAAGACUCAAAUUGCAGCACUUUUUCAGAACAAGUGCCUUUUGUGGAACUACCAUCUGUUAACAGACUCUACACUGAGCAAGAUCUGAAUAGCCAACCAUGCACGCAUGACAAAGUAGAUAAUGAUGAAAAGUUGGAUAAAAAGAGAAAGAAUUUAGAUGAAUCACCAGUAAGAGCAUUAAGUACACAAGCUAAACCAAAGAAAGAGGUAUUAAUUUAG